UCUAACAAAUGUCUCAACCAAUCGACAAUAACAUCCCUACGGGCCACGUCUCCAUCGACUUCUCCACGAACUGAAGAAUUUUCUCGAGAAAACAGAGAGAGAAAGUGAAGUAUCAGUGGUUUUUCCUCGAUUUCGUUGUCGAAUUGGAAUAUGUCUUGCUGUUUCUGGUGGAUUUUGAGUCUAAGACGGUGGUGUUGUGCAUUGGUUCGUUGUUGGAUCUAAUUGGAGAGGUUUUCUUUUUCUUUUUCUUUUUCUUUUUUGUGUGUGUUGAUCGUUGUGGAAAUGGAGGUGAGACCCAAUCCGACUUCCGACAACUCGUCAAUCACACAGCAUCAUCUAACCAGUUCUCCAUUGAAGCAGCCUGCGGUAUCUUCUAAUCCUAUCGAUUCCAACGCUGUUUCGCAGAGGCUGCAAAAGGAAUUGAUGGCACUGAUGAUGAGUGGAGGUGAUCUUGGUGUAUCAGCUUUUCCGGAAGGUGAGGGUAUUUUCACAUGGAGAGGCACGAUUGAGGGUGGGAAAGGAACUGCAUAUGAGGGUUUGUCUUACAAACUCUCUUUACAUUUUCCCAUGGACUAUCCUUUCACGCCACCCCUUGUUAAGUUCGAGACGUUGUGCUUCCAUCCAAAUGUCGAUCAAUAUGGCAACAUAUGUCUCGACAUUCUCCAGGACAAGUGGUCUUCAGCAUACGAUUGUAGAACCAUUCUUUUGUCUAUUCAAAGCCUAUUAGGAGAGCCCAACCCAGAGAGUCCUCUCAACAGCUAUGCUGCUACUCUGUGGAAUGACAAUAACAAGGAAGAUUACAGAAAGAUGGUGUACAAACAGUAUUUUUCUGGUGCAGCCUUAGACGGCUGAUUUCGAAAAGCCUGAGUAGAGAACAAAAGAUUGACACCAUAUCGUCUGUUGCCAUACAAUUACUGUAAAGCUCCGAGAUAAAAAGGUCUCAGACUUCUUAACAUAGAGAGAAAAAUAGAGAUUAUAGAUAGUGACACGAACUCUGCUGUAUUGGGAGAAUGAAUUUCACGUAGAGCUAAUUCCACUCUUCUGUAAUUAAUUGCUAGGUAAUAGUAAUAUUUUACAAAAUAUGAAGCAUACUCUUAUGCUAUUUGAUACUAUAAGCCAUAUUCUCUUCAACUCGAAA